AUGGGGGGUAGUUCGAGUCGUGAAAUGAUGAACCCCUACGCUGUUAACACCCCCCUCAUGGGUAUCUGUUUAGCGUCGAUAAUGUUUAACAGUGUCCAGGGCAGAACGCUGCGUUCGUCCAAUGUUUUUAACAACCUCAUUCUUAUAUACGCGUUAGGCUUCUCGACAGGACUUUCCACAGUCAUGCAGCAACCAAUUUGGGGAGCGAAGGUUGGUAUCGCGGCGGCGUUGGGGUUCACAUUUGGGCCUAAUCUGCGGCUCAUUUAUCUGCAACGUUUGUUCCCAGAUUACGUGCGAUACGGCAUUGGGUCGGUGUACAUCGCGUAUCAUUCCUUACAAUGGUAUUCUGAGGUGCACGCUUGGGAGGAUGCGAUGGAAGACGAGGUGGCCGAAUAA